CGCUUCAAUGUUUUAGAAAAUAAUUUGACAUAAAGAAUAUAUGUUGCUGCUAGAUAAUUUAAUUAAGAUAUUUUUUUCGUUUGCCUACGUGUAUUGAAUGAAAGAAUCCGUACACACACGCUUAUUAUAUAAUAUAGUUAGAAAAGAGAUUCAGUAUGCAAACUGUUUUGCCAUCUGUUCCUAUAAAUCACGAGUUAUCAUAAGAGCAAGACACUUGUCGUCUCUCACUGCUUUAGCGAUGAUAAAUACUGACGUAGUUCUUAAUGUUCCCGCGGACAGCGUUCGUUUACAAGCUCCGUUUAUUAUUUGCAGUUCGCACCGGCCUCUUCGAAUUGUUAACAUAUCCUUUAUUUGAGUGAUUUUGUGGGUAUCUUUAUUAUUGUUAUCUAUAUCAGCUGCUGUUUUUUGUUGUAAAUCUAUCUUUGAAAUUGUUUGUUCUUUUCACUGUGACAACAUAAUAUUGCGUAAAAGAUAUUGAUAUUUUGUUUAAUCUCUUGCAUUGUCAAACAUAGGUUGUUUCACAAUGUCCACGGACUACAACGACAGAUAUGUAUUUGAAGCUGAGUGGUAUGACAAAGUUGCCAGUCUAUUGAAGAAAUUUUAUUUGUACUAUUUUCCAUCAGACAAUACUAUUGAAUUGUUUGACUUAAGAACACGGAAAACUUUCCUAAAGAGAACAAGGUGUGAAGGCAUCAAGGCUGAUGAUAUUCAUGUGGACGCUAUAGUAACAAUAUUUUCAAGAAAUAUGAAAAUUACAAACUAUGCAAAUGCUUAUACCAAGAACAAAUUACAAACAUAUAUGGAAAAAGUUUUUGCACUUGUAAAGCCAGAUGUUAUUGAUAAAAUGGGUGAAAUAUUAAAGAUGAUUAUAGACUAUGAUUUUCAAAUUACAAAUAUGAAAAUGAUCAAAUUAACUGCAAAUGAAGUUACAGAACAUUAUCCUAUAAAAGACACAAUUGACAAAACAUGUAUUAUAAAUUAUCUUACCUCUGGUCCUGUUAUUGCUUUGGAACUAUCAGGAAAACAUGGUAUAGCAAAAUGGAAAGAAUUGGCAGGUGUAAAUGAUAGUAAGCAAGCUUGUACAACCACAAAGUCUUCACUAAAAGUUUGUUAUGGGAAGGAUGAGAUACAUGAUGCUGUGUAUGGAUCUGAGAAUGUCGAGAGAGCAGCACGAGAGCUGCAAUAUUUCUUUCCCGACUCAAAAAGUAAGACUAAAGGACCAAAAAACACUGCAACUCUACAAGGUUGUACAUGUUGUAUCAUUAAGCCACAUGCUAUACAAGCAAAGCUUGCUGGUGCUAUUAUCGAUGACAUUCAAAAAGCUGGCUUUACAAUUACCGCAAUGCAACAGUUUUACGUCAAUCACGUUAAUGCUGAGGAAUUCUUAGAGAUUUAUAAAGGUGUUCUUCCCGAAUACAAUGCAAUGGUAACUGAAUUACAUUCUGGUCCAUGUAUCGCCAUGGAAGUGAGUCGUAAAGACGAAGGUCAGAACGUAAUUGCCGAUUUCAGGAAUUUAUGCGGUCCAAGGGAUCCAGAUAUUGCGCGACAAAUCAGACCGGGCACACUUAGAGCAAAGUACGGAAAAACGAAGGCACAAAACGCUGUGCAUUGUUCCGACUUGCCAGAGGACGGCGUAUUGGAGGUGGAAUAUUUCUUCAAAAUACUCGAUGGACUGUGAGUGCACAACGUGCAUGGUGUAUAUUGCGCUGUUGCAUUCGAAAUAUUUUUACACUUUUGUACGACCAAAUAAAACAAUCUUCAACAAGCAAAA